AUGCGUCCGAGAUCCGGAAAAGAGUACACGAGUGUUGAGUUGAGAGAUCAGCGAUCGCUCGAUCGGUUGUCAACGGAGGCCAACCCGACCAACAACGAACUUCUGACAAAUCAUUCAGAAGAAUAUUUAAACUCACGUUCUAGCAAUUUUGAUUCCAAAAAAAAUGUUUCGAAAUUGGCCUCUCUUUACAAUAAAGAAAGGGAGAUAGCUUACGCAGCAAUGACAAGAGGUGGCGAUGGAUCUGUUAAACUUGAAGAUGACAAAGCACUAUUUGCUAAUCAAUUAGAUGCAAAAAUCACUGAACAUAAUAGUAGUUUUUUGUCCCCAUCUUUGUCGUGUAACAAAACACACACUAAAGAGAAAUCACUCUCCAGCAUAUCAUCAAACAAAACAAGUUUUAAUGCUUCUCAUAAUCAAACAAAUUGCGUAGAUUACAUCACUCUUGACUUUGAAACGUCUUCAACACAGGCCAACAAAUCGAACGACAACAACAAAGGGAUGGUAAAGUUUGAUUCUAAAGUAGAUUAUGCAUGCAUUGAUUUUGCCAAAACAAAAGCAAUCAAGGAAGCAAGUGAAGAGCAUUCCAAAAUCAGAGGGUCUUGCAGUUUGAAUGCUGAAUCAAAUUCUCUGUCAGAUUUGGACCGAACUGUUUUCUUUAGCAACAAUUCAACAAAUUUUUAUGUUCCAAUUUCACCUGAACUUCUAAACUAUGUGUCUUCUUCUUCCGAUCAUCAUCAAACGAUGAAUGCUGCUGUUAAUAAAACAAAAAGUAAAACAUUUGAAAAGCAACGAAAGUCAUCAUUAGAUUUAUUAGAUCUCAAGAAUUCCUCAUCUCAUCAUUCUAAUACUUUACCUCACAAUUCCAAACGAAACCUUCAGUAA